AUGUGGGCUAAGAUUUUCUUUUUCGGGGUCAAUCCCUUCGUCGUCUGGUGGCAUGUUCUCUACGUCGAACGCACCGUCAAUCCCUUCUACAAUCCUCGCUAUGUCCUCAAUAACUCAGCAAUGCAAGGCCACUUCGCUGGGCUCGUUAUCUUGGGAGCCUUCCUCACGCCUAUCAACGCUAUUGUUUUAUGGCCUUUCCUUAGGUCGUUCCACGACUGCAAGCACCUCAUCAAAGUCUGGUUCUUCUGGAUGAUCUACUGCCUUCUCGUUCUGCUCUAUAUUUUCGCGUCCCUUAUUCAAUUCGUUUCCCCUUUCAUCUCAGGCCGUAUUGCAUGGAGGGCAGGCUACAAGAAUGUUUGUAAGGGGCACGAUACUCGAGUCUAUCUUGACGUUAAUCCUGGGGAGCCAGCCAGGAUGUUGAGGUUCGGUGACAUCAAGGGAGGGGACGGGUUUGAGAUGAUGAUGGAGCCCGAUCCAUAUACAAUCUGGGGAUUCGAUAACAGAGGCACCUACAACUUCACUAUCAUCGGUCAGUCCAGCCAACCCUGGGAAAGAAUCAACUACGACCUCGCAAACAGUACCUACACCGUAUAUUUGGGAAACACCACCGUCAACACUGGGCAAUUUCACACUGGAAGACAUUUUGCUAUGCCUGAUCUCAAAUUGACGGGUGAUACCUUGGCAUUCGCAGAGGCCUGUGUGUUCGACCCGACUCUCAAGAUCUACGAAGACAAGGAAGUUUUCAUGAGAUCUGUUCAAUUCGGUCUCUGCUCGAAGUUGCAGCUAUGUGCCGCAAGUGAGAUUGAGGUGGAGGGAAUGAAAGUUGCAGUGCCAACUGGACUUUUCGUUUUGAUGAGAGCUGGGAGGAGAAAGGCCGGGUGUUGCAAGGGAGAAAUCACCCCCGGUAUCGAUGCUAGGGGCGGAUAG